UGUGAUUAACGUCACAACUUCCUAUAAAUACAGCUACUUCCCGGCUGGCGAGAGGCUGCAAAGUUUAAACAAGCGGCUUUGCUGAAAUCCCCACUUCACUGCUUCGCACAGAAAUACCAUGAGGAAUCAGUGGGUUAAUACUGCGUUAACGUUUUAUAUCCUUUGCAAAGCAAUCAAGGUUGGGGCUCAGCUUUGCCUUUACCCUUGUCGCUGUCCCCGGAUCCCGCCCCGCUGCGACCCGGGAUCUUCUCUGGUUGUGGAUCGUUGCGGUUGCUGCCAAGUUUGUGCGAAGCAGAUAGGAGAGCCAUGCACCAGAUUGGACGUGUGUGACCCUGAUCAAGAUCUAUUCUGUGAUUACAGCAUCAGCCUCUCCGGGGACAGAGGGAUCUGUACCUCACUUGAAGAUGGAACAUGUGAAUUCAAUGGUGUGCUCUAUAAGGAUGGUGAUGUAUUCCAGCCCAGCUGUAAAUAUCACUGUUGGUGCUCAGAUGGAGGAAUUGGGUGCAUUCCACGCUGUAGUGAAGAUAUUCGCCUACCCAGUCCAGAUUGUCUUUAUCCCAGACGUAUUGAGGUCCCAGGAGAAUGUUGUCCCCGAUGGAUAUGUGAGAACCAAGACAGAGGUAUCCUUGGUGAUGCUUUGGCAGCAUUCAGGUCACAUGUAUUCUACGGAAGAUAUCCCUCCAGUGCGUCUUUCAAAUGCCUCGAACAUAGCAGUGAAUGGUCUGCUUGCUCGAGAAGUUGUGGGAUAGGUGUCUCCACCCGAAUUUCAAACAAAAAUUCUCGUUGUAUUUUGGAAACACAAAGCCAACUUUGUAUUGUGAGGCCAUGCCAAAAGGAUUAUGUAAAACAAGUUCACAUGGGAAUGAAUAUUUGCCAGCCAACAACCAGGGCACACCGACCAGUCCACUUUGAAUACAACAAUUGCAUCAGCGUUAGGAACUACAGGCCUGUCUACUGUGGGUCGUGCUCUGACAGGCGCUGCUGCACUCCAUACAGAACCAGAACAGAAAGCAUAGAGUUCAAGUGUAAGCACGGCAGGAUUGAAAAACAGCAGAUGAUGUUCAUUAUUACCUGUGCUUGUCAUUAUAACUGCUCACAGGCUUAGAAAUAAUUGGAAUCCUCUAUCACAUGGCAGCAAUAAUAGCAGCUUAUUUCCAAACAACAUUGUACAGUGUAAAAAACAGUUACUACUGUAUAUUGAAGAUUUAAGUAUGACAUGUGUUUCCAUACAGUUCAAAUGGGAACAUUUGUCUUUGAACUAUUCCUAUUUAAUGCACAGUUCAGCUAUUUUAACAUUAAGUUUCCAAUGCUAAAAAACACAUCGUCCUUAUAAAAAAGGUUGGUGAACAAUUUAAGUUACUGCAUGUCAAUAAUUAAUUGCUUUGCAGAAUUCAUCUAAAGCUCUUGUUACUAGAAUCUGAGGUUACAUUUCGCUCUGCUGUUCGGUUACAAGUAACAUGCCAGGAGCAUGGUGCUUCAAAACCCUUUGGCUGUGGUAUCUUUGAGACCUGCCUCUGGGAAAUUCAAUAUCGCACAUGGUGGUUCAAUAUCACUGGGGAGGGAGGUAGACAUUUAUAGAUCAGUAGGGAAAUGAGGGCCAAUUAUUAGCUAAAGGAUUUGAUGGGAUGAGCUGUUUAGUAGUGAAGUUGAGGAUGAUUACAGCCAAGGGGCCUUUGGUUACUAAGGGUAUGUUGGAGUCAGGCGUCAAUGGGUGGGGGAGUAUUGGAUUUUGUUUCUGCUGGCAGAUGAGGGGAUCGUGGAGGAGAGUAAGUCCGAGAUCUUGAUGAUGGGAUUGUAAUGAUCACAAACUGGUGGGUGGGAUAAAGGUAGCUGCUGUUAAGGAUGUGGGAGGGAGGAAUUCUGUUCAAGGAGAGCCAGGUACGUACAAUAUUUAAACAGCGCCCCCUGGGGUUAGGUUUCCAUUUCUGGGCUUCACAGGCUGGGAGAUGCUUAGGGAGCCCUGCACAUAUGCAUUUCAAAGUGAGGUGCUGGGCAGACCCAGAAGGAAAAUCUUAGACUGUGUACUGUAACUCCAGCUAGUUAAUGAAUAUUCCAUUCCAUUUGAUUUCUCACCGGAGUUAACUUGCGUGGUUCAUAAUAACAUAGCGCUGCAUGAAUCAGCAGCCAAGCAUGACUUCAAAAGCAAAAUAUACCAAAGCAGGAAAUCAGAAAUCAAUGAAAAUCCCAGAAAAUGCAGGAAGUAACAGGCCAGGCUGCACCCAUGGAUUUGUGAAAGACGCAGGUAUCAUUUUAGGCCCGAUGAAACAUCACUAACCCAAAGUUCUGAGUUUACCUCUCCACAGAUGCCGCUUGUUGUGCAUUUAAUUUUUUUUCUCUGUGAGGUGUGAGUGUCAACAAUCACAGUUAGGCACUUGGGGAACCAAUGGACAUCUCCCAAAAUGUAUUUGCCAAGCUGUAAGCUCCCUCUGCUGGCAAUACUAGAUUGCACGAGGCACAGAGCAGCAAUCAGCCCAGCUGAAUGUGAAUCUCUGCAGUGCGAUGUGCCAUAAUAUAAAAAGGAAACAAUAGCUGCAGCAUUGUCAAAGGUUUGGCAAUUUCUUUUGAUGCAAAGAAUAAAGUAUUUUUAAAGUUAAAAGUAAUAUUGCACAUAUUACUACUCAAAAUGUAUAUUCUAAAGCCUUUUGCUUAAAUAAUGUAUUAUAUGUAAAUUUGUUUGUUAGUACACAUUUCCAUGCACUUUGUUUAUGUAGUAAUUAUAUUUUUUCGUUACUUGUCAUUGUUUCUAAAGAUGUAUGUUAUGAGGAGUGAGAGGAUAAUUAACUUUGUAAACAAAAUCUCUUUGCUGUCAUUUCUAUCUGCAUUUUCAUCAAAAAGCAAGUACGAAUUUAAAAAGAGGAUAUUUAUGUUUUCACAUGUUUUCAUACACAGCUUUGCAGAACUGUCCUUGAUUUUCUCCUCACUCUAAGGAUAAUAGAGGGUUACACACAAAAAGCCUUCAAGAAUCUUGCUGCACAAUCACCAAAAACACACCUUUGAGUCACUAUGGCAGAAGAUGUACUGAAAUGAGUCGAUGAAUCUCCCACUUGAUGCCCUUCCUCCCAACAUCCACUGCUUGGACUCAGAGCUUAAUAUCAACUGAGGGACCAGGCUCUCAGCUCAGAGCAUCAAUCAGUGAGGAAUAUAUCAAUUAGGAGCCAAAACUAGUCACAUUGCCUCUUCAGUAUGUGUUAGUAACAUCAUGGAUGAGCUGAUUAAAAAUAGUAAAAGAAAUAAAAGUCAAAUAAACUGCAGAUGCUGGAAAUCCGAAAUAAAAACAUGAGAUGCUAGAAGCACUUGGUAUAUCAGGGUCCAUCCAUGGAAAAAGAAACAGUCAACAUUUCUGAUGGGGGUAUCUGAAUCUGAAAAUGUUAAGUGUUUCUCUUUCCAUAGAUGUUGACUGACUUGCUGAGUGUUUCUGAUCUUAUUUUAGUAAAAGUUAUGAUCGGUUAAAUCAGGAACUAAUUGGUGGAUGGAGUAAAAUUUGUGUUUAAAAGUCCUGUAGAUAGUCGCCAGAUAAGACAUCACUAAGCGACGGUCUAUUAAAGCAACAGACUUGUGCAAGAGGGCUGUUGAGGUCUUGAUUAUGUGUUAUACUAUAUUUGGGACGGGAAUGGUUUUAAUUAUAUAAGUUAAUGGGUUUGACCAG